AUGUUUACCCUUCAAACCCUUUCGUCUUUCGAAUACCCUGGUCUCGAAAAUAGUCGGGCACAUCUCAAUGAUUCAUCUUACAUGAAAAUGUUCCCGAUGCUGAAUCAAGAUGAUCAUGAUCAUGAUCAUGAUCACUCUCAAGAAAAGAGUCAUGAACCACUUUUCUGUUCAAGAUUCUUGGACGGAAAUCAAGCAGACGAAGGAGGUAAGAAGAAGAAAAGGCCGUCGCCGGAAAGGGAAAUCCAAGAGGUAGAGUGGAGGCGGUACAGAGGAGUUAGGCGGCGACCGUGGGGGAAAUUCACGGCGGAGAUAAGGAAUCCAGAGAAGAAAAAGGCAAGAUUGUGGCUUGGUACAUUUGAUACACCAGAACAAGCUGCAUUGGCUUAUGAUAGAGCUGCUUUCAAGUUCCAUGGUUCACGAGCUAAGGUUAAUUUCCCUCUCUUGAUUGGGUGCGAUGACCGGUCUGUUGUGCUAACUCCAAUGCAAAAAAUGACUCACGAACUGCAUCACCCAUCAUCUUCAAUGUCCUCCUCUUCGUCUUCUAUGGAGAACGGACAACAGAGAAAGAACUGUAUGGUCGACCACCCAACGACCACCGCCACCAAGGUGGGAAGUGAGCAUGACUCUCUACAUGAUCUUCACUUGUACACAUCAACACCUUAUGAUUUUUCCUUGAAAAACUCCAUGGAAGCGCCUGCUACUACCAUCACCACCGGUAACAUGGAGGAGGGGAGAAAGGAUAAUGACACCUUGUGGUCUAUUUUCUUUCAAAGCACGGUGCAAUCUCCAACAGCCACUGUUACUUCUGGAGUGGAUGAAGUGGGUGGUGGUGACCAUGACUCAAUGUGGGAUUUCCAAAUGCUACCUGUGGUAGAGCCACCAUCAGCAACCACCACCGCAGUUAGAGCAUCGGAUGUGGGAACUGAUCAUGACCCAUUCUGGGACUUUCAGAUGGAUACAUUGACAGAUGAUGACUUUCUUUUCCUUUAGGGUUUACGAUUUAGUAAAUUAUUUCUUUGAACGUCAAGAACCUUUUCAAGAUUCCACCCAUGACAUAAUACUA